CCGCCUUCCAACCUCCGGAAAUCCAAUUUCUUCCACUUCGUGCUGGCGCUCUACGACAGGCAGGGGCAGCCGGUGGAGAUCGAAAGGACCGCUUUUGUGGACUUUGUGGAGAAAGAGAAAGAGCCGAACAACGAGAAAACCAACAACGGCAUUCACUAUAAGCUGCAGCUACUGUACAGCAAUGGCGUCAGAACAGAGCAAGAUCUCUAUGUCCGCCUCAUAGAUUCAAUGACCAAGCAGGCCAUCGUUUAUGAAGGCCAGGACAAGAACCCGGAGAUGUGCCGCGUGCUGCUGACCCAUGAGAUCAUGUGCAGCCGGUGCUGUGACAAGAAGAGUUGUGGCAAUAGAAACGAGACGCCCUCAGACCCUGUAAUCAUUGACAGAUUCUUUCUAAAGUUCUUCCUCAAGUGCAAUCAGAACUGCUUGAAGAAUGCAGGCAACCCCCGGGACAUGCGGAGAUUCCAGGUCGUUGUAUCGACAACAGUCAACGUGGACGGCCACGUGCUGGCCGUGUCUGACAACAUGUUUGUGCACAACAAUUCCAAACACGGGAGGCGGGCCCGCCGCCUAGACCCGUCAGAAGGUACGGCCCCUUCUUAUCUGGAAAAUGCCACUCCCUGCAUCAAGGCCAUCAGCCCCAGUGAAGGCUGGACCACGGGGGGCGCCACUGUGAUCAUAAUCGGAGACAACUUCUUUGACGGUCUACAAGUUGUAUUUGGAACCAUGUUGGUGUGGAGUGAGCUGAUAACCCCCCACGCCAUCCGAGUGCAGACACCACCGAGGCACAUCCCUGGAGUUGUUGAAGUCACCCUCUCCUACAAGUCUAAGCAGUUCUGCAAAGGUGCUCCUGGGCGCUUUGUCUACACUGCCCUUAAUGAGCCAACCAUAGAUUACGGUUUCCAGAGGUUGCAGAAAGUGAUACCCAGACAUCCAGGUGAUCCCGAAAGGUUACCCAAGGAAGUGUUGCUGAAGAGGGCAGCAGACCUUGUGGAAGCCUUGUACGGGAUGCCUCACAACAACCAGGAGAUCAUCCUGAAGAGAGCAGCUGACAUCGCUGAGGCAUUGUACAGCGUUCCCCGCAAUCACAACCAGAUCCCCACAUUGGGCAACACUCCGGCGCACACUGGCAUGAUGGGCGUGAACUCCUUCAGCAGCCAGCUAGCUGUUAACGUGUCAGAGACCUCACAAGCCAAUGACCAAGUCGGCUACAGUCGCAAUACAAGCAGCGUGUCCCCGCGAGGCUACGUCCCCAGCAGUACUCCCCAGCAGUCCAAUUACAACACAGUCAGCACUAGCAUGAAUGGAUAUGGAAGUGGCGCCAUGGCCAAUCUAGGGGUCCCUGGCUCGCCUGGAUUUCUUAAUGGCUCCUCCGCUAACUCUCCCUACGGCAUAGUGCCGUCCAGCCCCACCAUGGCAGCCUCUUCGGUCACCCUCCCUUCAAACUGUAGCAGCACACACGGCAUUUUCUCAUUCUCACCUGCCAAUGUCAUCUCCGCAGUGAAACAGAAGAGCGCUUUUGCGCCCGUGGUCCGGCCCCAAGCCUCACCUCCUCCUUCCUGCACCAGCGCCAAUGGGAACGGACUGCAAGGCUCUCUGCUGGGUGCCGAGGACGCAACCGUGGAGAAGACAAACUGGCCCUUUUGUGAAGUCGGUGGUAUAUUCCACUUUGAUGAACUAAUGCUCAAAAAAGGAACUGGAAAGCUAUGUCUGGGCUGGUAGUCCCGCCCAUGUGAGGGACUCUGUUUACCUUCACAGCACCCAGCAUCCAAGGACGGACUUCAGGGGACACAUGUAGUGUGUUAAGACAUGCUGAUGGGAACGAUACCUUCAAAACUAAAAAUCAGCAACAGUUGAAUGCUACAAAAGACAUUUAAAGAUUUUAUUUAAACUGUUAAGAAUCAACACGCGAACAAAGCCUACUUCUUCAUGAACAAUUCCAUUUUAUUGACUGAACUUUUCUCAUAUUUUCACAUUUCUCAGUCCUGAAGAUUAAGGAAAACAAAGCGACGCCUAUUUUGUAUAAAGUUUCUGAUUCCGUCUUGGCUGUCUAGUGCGUGCUAUCUGUGUGGGGAGAAGCUUCGUGAAUAUGCACCAUUUUGAUGCCCAUGCAACACUUGAGGAAGAAAGCCUCGAAACAUUUUUCUGUACUCAUAUUUAGAUUCACAACGGUUGUGUAUCUCUAUAAUGUGAAAUAUUUUUUUGUGGUGAAAAAAAGGGGGCCAAGGAGGUAUGAGCCAUUAACUGGAACAGAGGAGGAUAUGACUAGGUGAAUUUGGG